GUCAAUUUACAUUUCAGGACUUCAUAAACAUCAUACUCUCCAAGACACAACGAAAGACCCCUACAGUUAUUCACAAACAGUUUAAAAUAUCUCGUAUACGUCGUUUCUACAUGACGAAAGUAAAAUAUACACAACAGAGUUUCCAUGACAAGCUUACUGCAAUUGUUACCGAGUUCCCGAAAUUAGAGGACUUGCAUCCUUUUUAUGCUGACCUGUUGAACACAUUGUACAAUAAGGACCACUACAAGCUUUCCCUGGGUCAAAUAAAUAUGGCCAGGCAUCUUAUAGACAAAGUUGCAAGUGACUAUGUUAAGCUCCUCAAGUAUGGUGAUUCACUCUACAGGUGUAAGCAGCUAAAGAAAAGUGCCUUGGGACGAAUGGCCACAAUAAUGAAGAAACAAGGACCACCACUAAAGUAUCUUGAGGAAGUAAGACAGCACAUUUCAAGGCUUCCAUCAAUUGAUCCUAAUACUCGAUCACUACUGCUGUGUGGCUGUCCUAAUGCUGGAAAGUCAUCAUUUAUCAAUCUUAUAACUCGUGCUGAUGUGGAGGUUCAGCCAUAUGCCUUUACCACCAAGUCUCUCUAUGUUGGCCACACGGACUAUGAAUAUCUCAGGUGGCAGGUUAUUGAUACCCCUGGAGUGUUAGACCGUCCAUUUGAUGAAAUGAAUACCAUAGAAUUGCAGGCCAUUACAGCAUUGGCACAUAUUCGUGCAGCUGUCAUUUUCUUCUUGGAUAUCUCUGAAACGUGUGAUAUACAGAUUGAGCAACAAAUGAAAAUUUUUGAUAGCAUAAAGCCACUGUUUGCAAACAAGCCUUUAUUGGUGGCAUGCAACAAAAUAGAUAUCAUGAGUUUAGAGGGAUUGGAGGAAAAGUACCCUGAAAAAAGGGAACUGAUUGCUGCACUGGAGCGUGAGAAUAUUCCAGUCAUGGAAAUGUCAACUUUAUCACAAGAAGGUGUAAUGGAAGUCAAGAAGGAGGCUUGUGACCGCCUAUUGGCAAAGAGAGUGGAUGCAAAGAUGCGUACAAGAAAGGCUGAUUCUAUUCUCAACCGUGUUCAUGUAGCCAUGCCUGCACAGAGAGAUCAGAAAAUAAGAGAACCUUUUAUUCCUGAAAAGGUUAAUCAGAAGAAGUCAGAAGCAGCUAAACCCAAAAAGAAAUUUGAGAGGGAUUUGGAGGAGGAAUUGAUGGAUGAUUACAGUCUUGACCUUAACAAAAAUAAAGAUCUUGAGAAUGAUGAAUGGAAAUAUGACAAGAUUCCCCAUAUUGUAGAUGGAUACAAUGUGGCUGAUUUUAUUGAUCCAGACAUCAUGAAAAAACUGGAAGAACUUGAAGCAGAAGAAGAAGCCCGUGAAAAAAAUGGUUUCUAUGUUGUGGAAGUGGAAGAAGAGGAUGAGGAGAUGAAAGAAAUCCACAGACUAGCUCAAAAAAUCCGUGAAAAGAAGAUUAUUAAUGCAAUAAAUGCUAGAAUUGAUAGGCCUAAAGGUAAAGCUGUAAUGCCACGUGUCUCUAGGAAACGCGAGAGAUCUGUAUCUCGUCUGAGAUCAGAGUUUGAAGAAUUGGGAGUGGAUAUGUCUGAUGUGGAUGGUUGCCACUUCACACGCACCAAGAGUGUAUCAAGGUCACGUCCUCCACUUAAGAAAGCUCGUGUAGACUCAGAGGGUAGAGUGCGGUCUAGUUCCAAAACUCCUCGUGACCAGUCAGGAGUAAGAGAUGCAAAGAUGGCCAAGAAGAUGAAGACCAUUGGACGCAAGGCACAGUCGCAAUUAAACAGAGAUGGUCGCAAGGGUGAAGCUGAUCGUCAUGUCUAUAAUCUUAAACCUAAGCAUCUCUUUGCUGGAAAGAGAGGUCUGGGUUCUGCUAGCAGAAGAUAAUUUUUUCCCCUUGCACCACAGACCAUGAAGUCUGUCCAAAAAUUAUUUCAUGUUAAAUUAUAAUGUUUAAUUAUUAUAAUUUACCUUAAUUUUACUGCAAACUACCAGUUUUUGUAGUUUCUAAAUUUUUUUGUGGAAAUUUUAAUGUGUAACAGCAUAUCAUUGUAUUUGGGAAAAGAAGUUUUUCUUGACUUGGUAUUCAUAGUUCACGUAAGAUUUGUUGUGUAUAUUUUUUUUUUUUUUUUUUUUUUUUUUUUCAACAAUUCGGCCGUCUCCCACCGAGGCAGGGUGACCCAAAAAAGAAAGAAAAUCCCCAAAAAGAAAAAUACUUUCAUCAUCAUUCAACACUUUCACCACACUCACACAUUAUCACUGUUUUUGCAGAGGUGCUCAGAAUACAACAGUUUAGAAGCAUACACAUAUAAAGAUACACAACAUAUCCCUCCAAACUGCCAAUAUGUGGUAGUAGGUUGGUAGACAGCAACCACCCAGGGAGGUACUACCGUCCUGCCAAGUGAGUGUAAAACGAAAGCCUGUAAUUGUUUUACAUGAUAGUAGGAUUGCUGAUGUCUUUUGUCUGUCUCAUAAAUAUGCAGGAUUACAGGUAUGUCUUGCUACUUCUACUUACACUUAGGUCACACUACACAUACAUGUACACAUUUAUUUAUUCACACUCAUCUGAGUUUUCUUUGAUUUUAUCUUAAUAGUUCUUGGUCUUAUUACUUUUCCUUUUAUAUCCAUGGGGAAGUGGAAUAAGAAUCUUUCCUCCGUAAGCCAUGCGUGUUGUAAAAGUCAACUAAAAUGCCGGGAACAAUGGGCUAGUAACCCCUUUUCCUGUAAAGAUUACUAAAAAGAAUAAGAAGAAUUGUGUAUAUAUUAUUACAAAUUUAUUUGACAAUUCAUUGUUCAGGCCCUAAUAAAAAUGUUACUACAGA